AUAAAUGUGGGGCAGGAGCGCACAGCAGCACCCAUCUCAAACCAAGCCCAAACUGAGAGGCUGACUCCUUCAUAACCACAAUUUUCACACCUCAUCUGGAAUCUCAUCAUGGAUAUCCCCAUCCAGAAUCCCUGGUACCGCCGGGCCUUCCCUUUUCGCCUCUCUGACCUCUCCUUGGCAGAACCUCUCACCGAUUGGCCAAUGUACUGGCCCUUCCCCUGGACCUUCCCCUGGGUACGCCCUUCGUUCAUGCGCUGGUUCAACUGGCCUGACAAUGGACACAGUGAGAUGCGCGUUGAAAAGGAUCGCUAUGUCAUUUAUUUGGAUGUGAAGCACUUCUCCCCUGAAGAGCUGUCUGUCAAUGUCAGUGACGAGUUCAUCACAAUACACGGCAAACACGAGGGCAGACAGGAUGACCACGGCUUUGUUUCAAGAGAGUUUUUGAGGAAGUACAGGCUUCCUACUGGUGUGACAGGUGCUGAGAUCACCUCCUGUCUGUCAUUCGAUGGUAUCCUUACAAUCACUGCGCCUCGGUCUCCCGGCCUAGAGCGCACCAUUCCUAUCUCCUGUGAAGACGGAACAGCAAAACAGAAAAUGUAGAGCAGAAUCUGAUGCUUCUCACACUGUUUCACGACUAACCCCAAGUGCUGCCUGUUUUUAUAUUUAACCUGUGACAGUUUAGUACACAUAAACAGUAGGAGGGGCAUACAUUUGUAGAUGUCUAUAAGAGCAAGUGCCUUCUAAUAAACCAGUAUCUAAUUCCUAACUCACUGUUAUUCUGAAGUCUCUGCAAGACAAUGGUGCUUUUAAACCAAAGGCUAAUAUGUUGAGCUCAUGGAACAGAGUCUACUUGACAAAGUUUCGUAUAGACACACUGGGGUGAGGUGCAGGAUAAUGAACUUCUGAGAGUUAAUUUCACAAUCAUAAGCCAAAAACAUUCACACCUCUGUGUGUGACACAUCAAGGGCAUGUCAUUUUGAAAGGCAUUUCCUUUCCAAAUGCUCAAAAAAUCUGUACAGGCCACGCAGUUUAUUUGAGAAAAAAAAAAAGGUUUUGUUUAUUGAAAGUGGGGCAAAAUGGAGAAAAUCAAAUAUCAUGAGAUGUUUGAUCAAAUAACUCGAUAACAAUAUUGUGACAAUAUUGUAGGGUUCACUUUUGGUGCUUUCA